UCCACUUUGACUGACAUACAUGACUAAGAUAUCAACAAGCACAUAUAUAGUGUUAUCAAAUUCUAUGAAUAUAAUUUAAAAACCCAAAAGGACCAAAUGCAGUCAUUGGAUUAAUUUCUAGUUGAAUUGAAUUUAAUCAUCUUUGAUACAUAGGGUCCAUAGAACGUCAGCUGGUAAUGAUGUCUGCUCUGAAGAAAAGGUCUAGGGCCGGUCUGAUGAAAACAUCUGCUUUGAAGUCAUCAUGUACCAAUUCUGUAGCUAUCUUCUGCCAGGUGCCCACUAUGAUGCAAACUGGUGGAGGGGACGAAAAAGUUACAUUCCAAUCUUCGCCAAAUUCUUUUCAAAGCUCUCUGGGGUUUAGCCACAUGUUUUCUUCUCAGCAAAAAGAUGAGGCUCUUUCAGAAUUGGAUUUUGAAAGAAAGAGCCAAGAUGAAUUGAACCACUUAUCCUCCGAGGUACGAGUAAUAUCCAUGGUGCGUGGGUCGGAGGAUGAACAUCCCCUUACUGAACGACAUUUUUCACUGAAAAUAGGACAGCAUUUAAAACAAUUGAGAAAGAGAAUUUCAGGUGAAAAUAAAGUUGAAGACAGUUUCAAAUAUUGCCUUAAACGAUUAUUAUCCAUCUGUGAUCCUAGUGUUUUCCAAACUUUGGAAGAUAGUUAUCUAGAUAAUUUUAAACUCGAAAUAGCUAUGCUGAAAAAUUGGAUAGAGUCCAAAGAAGAUGAAACCAAUUUAACAAUAGAUGCUACAAAUCUUUUAGGGACAAAUCGUUGGUACGAUAGUGUAACCGCAGAAUAUUUUGAGAAUCUUCCCAAUUUGCUGAAGAGAGCUUUUGCGAUUUUAACAAAAAUUAAAACCGAAAGUGAUGUUAACUUCGAAAUACCUUGGUUACAAUUUUUGCAAUGGGAGGAGUACCCUAAUUAAGAAAAUAUUGCGGAUGACUUUCUUGAUUGCAAUGUUCUUGAGGGAAUUCAAUCAAAUUGUAACGAUAAGAUAGAUUGAUCUGUAACAUAUAAAUACUUAUUUUAUGAUUACUAUAUAUUGUAUAAGCAUUCAUUGUGAAAUUGUUGAUUGUUGAUUCAAGACGUUUUGAGUGUUCUUCUUCUUGCUGGAUACCAGUUUGUUGCAACCGUGGUUGCAUUGCUCUUAUUGUA